GCUGCAAAGGGAGCCCCAGGGCCCGGGGAGGGGGCGUCCCGGAGGCCCGCGCCCGCGUCGGGCCGGAGCCCGGCCCAAGGCCACGGUCACAAGCGGCUGUUAUGGCUACCUGGCGGCGAGACUGGCGCCUUACGGGCAGCCAGCGGCUGCUGUGCGCCGGCCUGGCCGGGGCGCUCAGCCUCAGCCUCACCGCCCCGCUGGAGCUCGCCACCGUCCUGGCCCAGGUGGGCCCGGGCCCUGGGCACCCGCAGGGCCCGUGGGCCGCCAGCCGGAGCGUCUGGCGGGCCGAGGGGGCCCGGGCCCUGUGGAAGGGCAACGGCGUGGCGUGCCUGCGCCUCUUCCCCUACAGCGUUCUGCAGCUGGCUGCCUACCGCAAGUUCAUACUGCUGUUCAUGGAUGAGCGGGGCUACGUUUCCCAGUGGAGCGCAAUUGUAGCUGGAAGUCUUGCUGGCAUGGCGGCCACCAUUGUCACCUACCCAACUGAUGUCAUCAAAACUCGGCUGAUUAUGCAGAAUCUGCUGAAGCCAUCUUACACGGGGAUCUCCCAAGCCUUCUGUACAAUUUAUCAUCAGGAAGGCUUCUUGGCCCUUUACCGGGGAGUUUCCCUCACUGUAAUAGGUGCUGUGCCGUUCUCUGUUGGUUCUUUCCUAGUUUACGUGAACCUGAACCGCAUCUGGAACAGGCCCCAAGACCGGUUUUCCCCACUCCAGAACUUUGCCAACAGCUGCCUUGCUGCUGGGGUCGCCCAGACAAUCUCCUAUCCUUUUGACACGGUGAAGAGGAAGAUGCAGGCCCAGAGUCACUGCUUCCCUCAUUGUGGUAGAGGGAACAAUUUCUCAGGGGCAGUGGACUGCUUCCAACAGGUGGUGAAGGCCCAGGGUGUGCUGGCCCUGUGGAACGGACUGACUGCCAACUUGUUAAAGAUAGUUCCAUAUUUUGGAGUUAUGUUUAGCACCUUUGAGUUUUGCAAGAGAAUCUGCCUUUAUCAAAAUGGCUAUACUAUGUCGCCUUUAAGCUAUAAGCUUACCCCAGGUGUAGAUCAGAGUUUACAGCCACAAGAGUUACGGGAAUUACAGAAGUUACUCAAAAAUGGCAAUUUUGAGGCAAGAAAACCCACUCUGUAAAACUGUACAAGGCUGAAAGAUGUGUUAAAAGCAUACAGCCUGGGGCAGCUAGGUGGCACAGUGGAUAAAGCACCGGCCUUGAAUUCAGGAGAACCUGAGUUCAAAUCCAGCCUUAGACACUUGACACUUACUAGCUGUGUGACCUUGGGCAAGUCACUUAACCCUCAUUGCCCCACCAAAAAAAAAAAAGCAUACAGCCUUAUGGCCUUGUGUGACCAGAAGAGGUGGCCUCUGUCCAGCGUCCUGAAAAAAAAUGAGAAGCUUGAACCUUUCAUCAUCUGAUCUGUGGGCCCCUGCCCAAUUUAUGCCUGCACCACUGCAGACUUGGAGGCCUUUUUUGAUUCAAGUGCCUGGAGCUCUUUAUCACUAUCUCGUGAAUUAUACCUAGUAUCCCAGGGAUGUGACUGGGCAGUCAGUCCCAGCUCAAAGCUUUCCAAGCUCAGCUUGCCAAAGCAAGAAUAAAACUCAUAUCCAUAAUCAAGAGAUGCAAAGACCCAAAGAACCAUAUUUGCUGUGUUUAACCUUUUUACAUUUUUUUUUUUUGCAGGGCAGUGAAUGUUAAGUAUCUGAGGCUGGAUUUGAACUCAGGUCCUCCUGAAUCCAGAGCCGGUGCUUUAUCCACUGCGCCACCUAGUUGCCUGUGUUAUUAACCUUAAAAGAAAGGCAGAAUGUAGGCUGGAAUGUACAUUAGCCAACCAGACAUCACACAGUCUCUUGCCUUGCUUCCCAGUAUUUGAUGCUUGCACCAACUAGCAAUGACUGCAAAACUUAUGCAAACCAAUACAGAGCCAGUUUGAGUAGUUUGGCCAAGACCUUGCUAGCUUAAGAGUUCAUGGCUUUGAGUGUAGCUAGGUGGCACUACAGUGGAUAAAGCCCCAGCCCUAAAUUCAAGAAGACCUGAGUUCAAAUCCAACCUCAGACAAUUGACACAUACUACCUGUGUGACCCUGGGCAAGUCACUUAACCCUCAUUGCCCUGCCCCCCCAAAAAAAGUUCAUGGUUUUAUCCUCAUUGCUUUUAGGUAUCUUAUAUAUAGGUUGUUUUCACAAGAAAAAAGGAUAAGAAUGUUUCCACAAUCUUUCAUUUCAAGUUUAAGAAGCCUGAGUCAUUCAUUAAGUAAAGUGGUUUUGUUCAUGUCCAUUUCAUGGUGCCACCGAAAACUCCAAAAUAUCCUUAGCAACGUUGAUAGACAGGUUCAUAAAAAUGACUUACUGAUGCCUUUGACCUUCAUAAUUUUACUCUCGCCUAGCAAAGCCAAGAAUUAACUGAUAAUUUCAGUAGCUCCCAUUCAUUUUCUAUCAUGGCCUAGUAACAAAGAAGGGAAGUAAGAGAGCCUUAGAUUGGUCUUAGAAAGUCAUCAAGUUUGAGCCUUAUCUGAAGCGUGACUUUCUCCAGACGACACAAAAACAACAGAAAAGUACUUGGAGCCAAUCUCAAUGAACUGGAGAAAUCACCUUUCAGGAGCAAAAUGCCUUGGACCUACACUAAGGGCAUAUAACCAUACCCUUAGAAUAAUUCUUACUUAUAUAGUUCCCCAAAUAACUAAUACCUAGUUGUAAAGUAAAGAUCAUGUCUUUGUGAUUUGAUUAUUUUUUCCUUUUUCAGUAUUUUUAAGGUAUAUUGUGUAUUAAAUUAAUUUCUCAUUGGGUUUCUCAUACUUAUUUGUUUCUUUAUAUGGCCUCAUGCAUAUAGUAUGAGAUAAUGUGGAUCAUUGGUUAUUGAGCUAAGGGACUGAGGUUUUAUAUUACCAAAGGAUCCCAGAAUCUAGGGCUAGAAGGGCUAUGGAUGGUCCA